CUCGCGAGAGCGACGGGGGCGGCCAAGAUGGCGGACGGGGCGGGUAGCAACGGGGACGCCGCGGCGCUGCCGGUGGGCAGGGAGGCAGUGGAGCGGCUGAUCCGGGAGAACGGGCACAUCUUCACCGAGGCGCAGUGCAAGGUGUGCAGCGCGUUGCUCAUCUCCGAGUCGCAGCGCCUGGCGCAUUACCAGAGCAAGAAGCACGCCAACAAGGUGCGGAGGUACCUCUCCAUCCACGGCGAGGAGGAGCUGGCGGCCGGGAAGAAGAUGAAGCUGGACGCCAAGGAGAGCAAGCAGGAAGGCACCAACGGGGAGGACAGGAACAAAUGUUGUCCCAUCUGUAACAUGACCUUUUCUUCUCCUGCUGUGGCCACGUCUCACUACCUGGGGAAGACUCAUGCCAAGAAUGUGAAGCAGCAGUCCCCUAAAGUGGAAGACGUGGUGCCUCCACAGAAACAUCCUGCUACCCUCCCUACCUCUACUGUAUCUUCUAAUGAAGAGAACAAGGACAUUGCAGACCCAGACAAGUUCUGUAGCCUCUGCCAUGCCACUUUCAACAACCCCCUUAUGGCAAAACAACACUAUGUAGGCAAGAAGCACAGAAAGCAAGAAACCAAACACAAGCUGAUGGCACGCUAUGGCCGAACUCCUGACGCACCAGCAUCGUCCUUCCUGGACUCACUGGCAUCGGGUGAUGAUGAUGAAGACAGCGAUGGGGAUGGUCCCCACGGAGACCGCAGCGAGGAGCCCGUCUAUGUGCACAGAGCACCUUACUGGACUCACCCGCACCGCAUGGACAAGAAGCUGUAUGCUGUCCCUGCCGGGAACACGGUCAAGUUCCGCUGCCCAGCCUCGGGCAGCCCCAGCCCCAGCAUCCGCUGGUUCAAGAACGGGCGUGAGUUCCGGGGGGAGCACCGCAUCGGGGGCAUACGGCUCCGGCACCAGCACUGGAGCCUGGUGAUGGAGAGUGUGGUGCCUUCCGACCGUGGCAACUAUACCUGUCUGGUGGAGAACAGGUUUGGCAGCAUCCGCUACAGCUACCUGCUGGACGUGCUGGAGAGGUCUCCGCACCGGCCCAUCCUGCAGGCGGGGCUGCCUGCUAACACCACUGCCCUGGUGGGCAGCGACGUGGAGUUCUUCUGCAAGGUGUACAGCGACGCCCAGCCCCACAUCCAGUGGCUGAAGCACAUCGAGGUGAACGGCAGCAACUACGGCCCUGACGGGGUGCCCUACGUGCAAGUGCUCAAGACUGCAGAUAUCAACAGCUCUGAGGUGGAGGUGCUGUACCUGCGUAAUGUCACCAUGGAGGAUGCAGGCGAGUACACCUGCCUGGCAGGGAACUCCAUCGGCCUCUCCUACCAGUCGGCGUGGCUCACUGUGCUUCCAGAAGAAGAGCUGGUGCACGAAGCUGAGGCCCCUGAGGCCAAGUACACCGACAUUAUCAUCUACACGUCGGGCUCGCUGGCUGUGGCCAUGGCCCUCAUCAUUGUGGUGCUGUGCCGCAUGCAGACGCUGUCGAGCAAGCAGCCCCUGGAGCCCAUGGCAGUGCACAAGCUCUCUAAAUUCCCACUCAUCCGACAGUUCUCCCUGGACUCCAGCUCAUCAGGGAAGUCCAGCACAUCGCUGAUGCGUGUCACCCGCCUCUCCUCCAGCUGUGCCCCCAUGCUGGCAGGCGUCGUCGAGCUGGACCUGCCCCUGGAUUCCAAGUGGGAAUUUCCCCGAGAAAAGCUGGUGCUGGGGAAGCCCCUGGGUGAGGGCUGCUUUGGGCAGGUGGUGCGGGCAGAGGCGUACGGCAUCGACAGGCAGUGGCCGGACCGAGCCGUCACCGUGGCUGUCAAAAUGCUCAAAGACAACGCCACCGACAAGGACCUGGCUGACCUCAUCUCCGAGAUGGAGAUGAUGAAGCUGAUGGACAAACACAAGAACAUCAUCAACCUGCUGGGAGUGUGCACGCAGGACGGGCCCCUCUAUGUGAUAGUGGAGUUCGCUGCCAAGGGCAACCUGCGCGAGUACCUGCGUGCCCGGCGGCCCCCCAUGCCUGAUUACACCUUCGACAUCACGGAGCUGCAUGAGGAGCAGCUCUGCUUCAAGGACUUGGUGUCCUGCGUCUACCAGGUGGCCCGCGGCAUGGAGUACCUGGAGUCCAGGCGGUGCAUCCACCGCGACCUGGCUGCGCGCAACGUCCUGGUCACAGCAGAAAAUGUGAUGAAAAUUGCUGAUUUUGGCUUGGCCAGGGAUGUCCAUGACAUUGAUUACUACAAGAAAACCAGCAAUGGCCGCUUGCCUGUCAAGUGGAUGGCGCCUGAGGCCCUGUUCGACCGCGUCUACACCCACCAGAGUGAUGUGUGGUCCUUUGGGAUCCUGAUGUGGGAGAUCUUCACCCUGGGUGGCUCCCCGUACCCUGGCAUCCCCGUGGAGGAGCUCUUCAAGCUGCUGAAGGAGGGGCACCGUAUGGACUGCCCAUCCAACUGCACCCACGAGCUGUACAUGCUGAUGCGGGAGUGCUGGCACGCGGUCCCCUCACAGCGGCCCACCUUUAAGCAGCUGGUGGAGGGGCUGGACAAGAUCCUGGCAGCCAUCUCGGAGGAGAUCUUGGUGCAGUUUCUGGUCUGCUCCCAGGGCUGCUGUUGCGCUAAGCCACCGUGAACUCCGCUACCAGCAUCGCCCUGAAAUUGAUCCACCAACUGCUGCUGGCUCCCAGGCUGGGAAAGAGCCCCGGGCCCCGCACAGUGGGGUCCCCCCUCCCCACCUAGACCUGCUCCGGGACACCCGAUAAAAGUGAGUUAUGGGCUCUGCACUGCCUUCUCCUAACCCCGGUGCCCCUGGGAGCGGGGUUUGGGAACUGCAGGCCUUGCUCCUGGUGCCCACCUUGCCUUACUGCACCCAGCUCAGCUCCACAGGGAAUGUGGGCAGGCAGGGGCUGCAGCUGUCUGCCUGGAUCUAGGGUUUCAUCUCAGCUCCUCUGCUCCAGUAAGGGCUGGGUUUUUCGUUAGCCCUGGGAUCUUGUUUCCUUCUCCAGCUUCCAGCUGCAGGGGCUGCUCCCCACCACUGGAGCUGGCUGCUCCCCACCACUCACACAUAUGGGAGCUGGCUCAGGGGAGCAAUGUGCCCCAACCGCAGGGCAGGUGGAAUGAGGCCCCCUGGUCUCACCUACACACUUGUGCUGUGCUGGCACUGGGGUGCAGCCACCUUUGGCUGCAUUGCAUGUAUUUUUGGAGUUGUCCUAGGGUUCUGCUCCCCACUGCAGGUUGAGCCCAGCCCUGCUUUCCCUCUCCCUGCUCCUGGCCAUGGGGCCCUACUCCCCCUCUUCCCUGGACGUACCUCCCUCCAUGGCUCCCAGACCACCAGCAGGUGUGAAACCUGCCCGGGCCCUACAGCCUCCCUGCCCCGAGGAAGGAUCCCAGCUGUCCACUAAUGUGCCAGAACCAAUGCAUUUAGCACAGCCCUGAAUGGGGCAUUCACAUGCCGGAGGGUAAACUGCCCAGGCAGAGGGGGGGGCUGUCCAGUCCUGGCCCCCUGAGCCACAGGAGAGCCAUCCCUGGGUUGUGCCUGGGGAUGGGACAGUGCCAUGUCCCCUGAUCUGUGUGUUCACAGGCUGGGGGCUCAUCCUUACAAUUCAGCACAUGGGUGCCCCUAGCACCACUCCUGGGGUCCCAGCAGUGCCCAGCACUGUGCCCCAGCCCCUGCUCAGCAUCUGCUGCUGUCCUGCACGCCCUUGCAUCCCCUCCAUCUCAGGGCUGGGAAGCACUGGGCUGGACAGGGGUAUGGGACAUGGGGCAGGGGAGGCCGCAGGGCGUCCCGCAGCCUCGCACCAACUGGAAGAUGGUUUUAUUGUUGAA